GCACAGCAUGGAAAUGACAGAAUGUUCAGGGGAAAUAUAGGCUUGAUAAAGAGGGGUACAGAUGAUAGUUUUUGUCCUUAAAAUUGCUUUGCUCAUAGCUGGAAUUAGUUGUAAUGAACUGAAAAUAAGAGUCCAACAGAAAGCUAGCAUCAACACGGGUGUGAGGCCAGUAAAUAAACGUGUUAUUUACUGAAACACGAAUCUAUAUAAAUCUAAAAAUAGGUUGAUAUUAUUUCAGCCAUAUCUGCUAGUAUGCAUUGUGAUUUAAGCAGCCUACUAAUUUACUUGCCAUAGAGAAACAGUCUAUUUCAGUGUAUGCUUUAAACGAACAAUGCUCCCUGCAAAUCCCUCACUACUGUUAUUGUUCUAGAUGCCAGGAACCUGUCACAAUGUGAUUAUGGGUUGUUUACUCACUGUUUGCUCUAUAAUAACACCUCAGACUUUACUAAAUUCAAUGUUGUUCAGCAUAAUCACAAGCCCUCCUGCUUAGGAACACAAUUUUGGCACACACUGAUGGUAAAAGCACAGGCAAACACAAGCACACAUUCAGUUUUCACACACUGCAGUACUAGCACUGGGGGAACUUCCAUGGAUUUUAUUCAUUCUCCAGCCCUUAAGCAGAAAUCAUCCAGACAUGCUUCACUAAAACCUGCAACUGUAUGUUCCACCCCUGAUUUCCUGCUGGAGUCUCUUAGUUUGAAAGAAACCUCCAGGUUUUCACUAUCUCACUCUCCCCAGCCUCUUUAUUGUCAAUCAGUGUCUGAUUCAGAUCACCUGGCUAAUGCCACUCACCUGUGGCUUGUGGUCUCCACCUUACAUAUACUGCCUUGUUUUUCUGGUACAAUUGUUAGAUUGUCAUUCAAUGUUGUACUGCGCUUUCCUGUCAGCACCUAUCACCAGUGAUGUCGAGAUGAAGCCUUCCAGCCAACUGAUGGUCCUGUAACAGUGGGCAUGAGCUUGGAUAUUGCCAGCAUUGACACCAUCUCUGAGAUCAAUAUGGACUACACUGCCACCAUUUUCCUCCGCCAGCGCUGGACAGACGAGCGCCUGGUAUUUGAAGGUAACAAGAGCUUGAGUCUUGAUGGGAGGCUAGUUGAGCUCCUGUGGGUCCCUGACACCUUCAUCGUAGACUCCAAGAAGUCGUUUCUCCAUGACAUCACUGUGGAGAACAGAUUAAUCCGCAUCUUCCCCAAUGGGACCGUCCUUUACGCGCUGAGGAUUACCACCACUGUGGCCUGUAACAUGGAUCUGACCAAGUAUCCCAUGGACAAGCAGACGUGCACACUUCAACUAGAGAGCUGGGGUUACAACAUCAAUGAUGUCAUGUUCUACUGGACCAGAGGAAAUGAGUCUGUCAGUGGUUUAGAAAGUCUCCAGCUGGCUCAGUACACAGUAGAAGGCCACUACACAUCUGUCUCAGAAGCCAUCUAUGAAACUGGGUGUUACCCCAAGCUGGUCUUCCACUUUGAGCUGAAAAGGAACAUUUUGUACUUCAUCCUGGAGACUUACGUCCCCUCAAGCCUGCUGGUGGUUCUUUCAUGGGUUUCCUUUUGGAUUUCCUUAUCAUCUGUUCCAGCACGUAUUUGUAUAGGAGUGACCACAGUACUGACCAUGACCACUCUGAUGAUGGGGGCCCGGACGUCACUACCUAAUGCCAACUGCUUCAUCAAGGCCAUUGAUGUUUACUUGGGAAUCUGCUUCAGCUUUAUCUUUGGGGCGCUCAUUGAAUAUGCUGUGGCCCACUUUUGUACCCUCUCACACACCAACUCACACAUGCUCAUGUACGCUCACCAAAUUCAUGACUUUGAUGAUGAAAUCAACGGCAUUGUCACCACCAUCUCCAGUCACUCCAAUAGAGCCAAGAGACGCAAGGAGACUGCUGCAAUUCCUUCCCCAGCUCCUGCCACCACAGAACUCUCUGUGAGCCAGUCCAGCCCCUCGAGCAGUAAGCCUAAGCCUGAGGCAUCACCUCCGGAACCCACCAACUGGUGCCUCACUGUUCUAGACACACUUUGCAAAGUGCUCCACUCCAUAAACUGCUGUCAUGUGGAGAACCCACACCACAUAGACAACUAUUCCAGGGUCACCUUCCCCCUGUCUUUUGUCAUUGUGAACCUGCUCUACUGGACAUAUUAUCUGUACUUUUAGCAUUUAUUGAGUGCAGCACGUGUCCCAGACAGUGUGAGACAGACAGUGUACAGUAUGUAGACAAGAGUGUAUUUUACUGUAUAUAUGGACAGUAAAUAUUAUUUACGUAGGUGUGUUCUCAGAUGAGCGUGUUUAAUUUCUACAUUCUACAUUUUCAUGAGCAAAGUUGUACUGAGAGUUGUUUGGGGGGAGGGGUGUAAUGCCUUUUAAUUACAGCCCCAUUUUAAAAUAAUAAUAUGUACCAGAAUUAGUCAUUAUUUUAAGUUUUAUACUGUGCAUCUGGUUGUGGGCCUACCUGGCACUGGAAAGAUGCAAUUAAUUCUGGUACAUCUCGAGAUGAGGAAGAGAACAUAAAGCAAAAAGGCCAGUAUGCAUUUUUUCUCUAUAGUAUAUUUAUCACCAUGCUGAUGUUUGCUUUCUGGAACACAAGAUGGAGCUGUAAUUUAAGGCUUUAUGGCAGAACAUGCUAGCAUUGUUGAGAGAAAGCAAAUGCCUGGUCCACUUUUAUUCUCUAUUGAUGGACUGAUUGUUGUUACUAACUUUUUUUUACAUUUCUGUCUUCAGGUACAACAUUUAAAGGGAAAGCCAGUCUUCCAAUGACGGUCAUUUUGCUGUUGGAAUCAGUCUCUUCUGUGUCCUUCCAUGAGUUAUUUUUGUUUCACAGUGCCGUGCUGUCCAACAUUGCCUGUAUUUAGUUUUUCUGUCCUUGACAUUAUAAAUGUAGUGGCCUUGGCUCCCUUCAGGUAUAUUCUGGAGGUUUGACUAUCAUAAACAGUGUGAUGGCAUUUGUUAUCACAUAAAUCUAUUGUUUUAGAAGGGAGACAGCCCAUGCAGCCCCAAACGAUUUAUAAUUAAAUUACCAAAUUGUAAUCAGUAAAUAUGCAAAGGUGAUUCUAAAUCAGCCAACUAGGUAACAUUGCAAAUAUGCAAUGUAUAAAUACAGUAGCUAACUUCUCUUUAGUUUAACAGGAUUACAUUAUGCUAGCUAACUAACAAACUAGGACCAUAGACUGUAUGUAAAAAUGGACAUGUCACCACUUCCUACUACCAUGUAAAAGAGAAGCCAAAAUAUUGUUAAUAUGGGGGUGGCCAUCCUGCUUUUGUGUCACGUGCAACCAUAUAACAACCUGAGGUGGUAAUCUGAUUUGCAGUAUCAGACAGUCAAUCACAGCUGUCAAAUCAUGUAAAAAACACCCCUUUCUAUGUCAUCAAAUAGCUUAUUAAAAACAAACUAGUCAGGAAUCAACCAUAUGUACACCAAUCAGUAUGAUAAUCUUUACCUAAAAUGAACAAAAUCACUUUUGUGAAAACUGUGCGUUUGUAAAAUGUGUUAGACAUUGUAGAAUGAUUUGAAUAAGAAUGAAAUAUUUGAACAGGAAGUUAUCAUUUGUGCAUUAUCCAAAUGGAAAAACACCUAGAUAUUCUGGAUGUUAGAGAUGCCACUCCUCCCAUCAAAUUUUUAAGAUGUUGUCAUCUUCUGUUUUGUGAGUCUCAAGUGUUUCAGUUCAGGUGAUUCACCAGUGAAGUGAACCAAUUUGAUUUCAUUGUUCCACUUGAUUUCCCUUUAGUUCCUCAACUAUGAGGGUAUAUUUACAAAUGGUAAUAUCAUGUUUGGUAUUCAUAGGAGACUUCUGAAAUAGCAUGCAAUCAGUGAACAGUAGAACAUGACUCAUCAUAUUUCAGAUAGAAAACAGGAUUUAGUUGAACCGCAUGCUUGUUUAUUUCUGUUUUGAGUAUUGCUGUGACAUGCUCUCACUCAUUUAAAUGAGGCUGCAUUUAACGGUCCAAUUUACAAUAAUGAAAGUCUCAGAGGUUCUGUUUUAAGGCUACUUGUCAAUGUGUAUUGAACAUAGUGGCAAGUUAAAUUGUCAGUAUCAUAGCCUUUUAAACUGUUCUUAUAUUAACUGCAUUGAUUCUCAUAUUUUAAUCUAUUUAUAUGCCUUUAGCUACCAAGCUUUUUGACUGCUCUCUUUGCCUGAUGUCAAUAGAAAAGUAGAAUUUGCUUUAGUUUCUGUUUCUGCAUGAUUACAAAGUGUGGGUUUUGUUUGGUUUAAUAUGGUAGAAAAGAGUCAUCAAAAUGCUCAGCUGAGGCUAUUACUGUAAACGGACGUGUUAAUUGUUAAUUGUGUAACUUUGACAGGGGACAGGAUGUUCAGACUUCUGUUCUCAUUUCCAAUUUUGUGUACUUUAUUCUGAAAGGAUGACACUGUUCAUUUGCAUCUGACUGAGCCGUGUUUGAUCUGUGAGUGUUGGUGUGCACUGACCUGCUGAAAAGGUAAAUGUGAUAAAACACAGACUCAUGUUUUAUACAGUAUAGCACCACAGCUGGAGUUUUGAUACUUAUCAUCUCAGUGAAUAGUGCAAGAAAUGAAUGCCAAUAUGAAGCCAGGAACUGGAGCAGCCAGUAAAGCUCCAUCAUUGUGGAUGCAAAAAGAAUGUUUUUGUCACCCAGUGACACAGUUGGUCCAUACACAAGGCCCAAAUACAUCAAAUGUCCCAUGGCUCCACGGUUGCACCAGUAUCAUUUUGCUCUGAGUGGACAGCAUUUUGGAUGGUUAUGAAAAACCCAAGGAAGGUGUGAAUACUACAUAAAGUUAUGAAACUUAACAUUAUGGGCAACAAUGCCAAGAUAUAUCUGAAAAGAUGUCUCAGCAACUUGGGGCAACAGAAAAAUAGACAAUGCCUAUUGCUGCUACCCUUUUUAUUCCUGUUGUGGGAUGUGUAAAAUAAUGCCUCAAGGUGACGCUGACUACCAUUCUCACUGUUCCUUAGACAUCUUGCUGUAUUUAUUAUAUACUGUAGUGCCAUGUUAAUAUAGGCAUUGGUUUGCAUAACCUAGUGUA